AUGAACGAAGAACAACUCGCUCGCGUCCUUCGACGUGAUCCCAACAUCAACGUCGCCAGGCCCAUAUACCAAAGACCCGAGCGGACUCAACCCCUCAAAUGGGCUCAAUAUACGCCCCACACCCUGAAGCAACUAAAUCCACCACGUUAUAAAACGAUCCGUACAACCGAGCCCCUGCAAUGGAUCCCGCAAGAACAUUUAAAGAGCGCAUGGCCACUCCUUCCUCCGCGACCCCCUGUAUUUCCCGAGCUUCCUGCGAAUAAACACAGUCUUGAACGGUUCGAGGUUGAAGAAGCAAGGAAGAGGCAAAGGAGGGAGGCACGUAAAGCCCAAAAAGAGGCAGAAUUGGCAAAAAUAGUUCCUCCUCCAGCCCCCAGACCGGAAAUUAUGCCUCUAUCUCCACAAGCAGUUCGCGCGCCCAGACCGAAAGAUCCACAUACUGAAGAAUUGCGCAAAAAAUGGCCGGGCCCUGGAGACUGGGAAUUUAAAUGGAAGCAUAAUCUACGCAAGGAUGCAAAUGAGGCAGUAAGAGACAGUAUUCCGGAUGACAUGUACGAGCCCCCGAUCGUCAGACCAAUGCCUGGGCGAGUGCCUAUAAACAAAAAUUUGCGCGUCGAAAUACCAUUCAUGGAUGGUGUCAUCUUUUAUCCGAGUAAAAUACCCGCGAGUGGAGAUUGUUUUUUCGGUUCAGUCUCAAUGGCUUUGUAUGGAACUACUCUGUAUUGGCACUAUACGAAGUACUGUCACUUGUGGUUUUUUCGUUACGUGCUCACGCAUCCUGCACAUCCACGAUAUGACUUUUAUUGGCAUUUAAAUUCUUUUGGGGACGCCGAUGGCGAAAUGAAUAUGUGGCACCGAUUGAACACUCCACAUGCCUGGCAAUCAAGCGAGCUCUUUAAUAUCACAGCCGAUAUCUACAAUCUCUUUGUAGUACUAUACGAGGCACCCAAUACGAUCGAUCUCUUUGGCCAAUACAACGCGACGCACGUGUUUUUCCACCUCAUCAAUCGGAAUCAUUAUGAAAGUUUGAUAGCCGAGGACAACGAGAUUCAGCCUGGAAGAUCAAAGAUGCGACCUUUCGGUACAAGUAGAAAUAUUGUGCCUCCACCCAUUGCGCUGCCAGUCAUCCCGAAACCGUCAUUGAUGGAUAUGACUCGAGUUCUUGGGAUCAAUACCGCAGAAGGAGCUCUAGAUAUUGAGUUGGUCAAGACCGGACUGAGAAGAGAAAGGAGGUUGGCAAGGGAGCUCAAUGAUCCUACGGAGAUCAAGUGGUGGGUGAAAGCAGAAGCCAAGGACGAGGAAGAGGAGAAGAAAGCAGAAGAAAAAAGGAUCGCCGACGCAGCAAAACCAAAACCUCCGAAGAAGGUCACAUUACCUACAAAUGAGGAAUUAGCAGCAAACCUCGCGAGAAUAUUGGCACAGGGGAAGAAAACCGAGCAGGGAAAGAUAGUCUACAAUCUCAAUAGUGACGAUGAGGACAAUGAUCUUGACGAAGCGGAUAACUUGAUCCCGAGAGAUCAAUACACACCGGGAGGAACGAAAAAGAAAAGGAAAUUCACCGGUUUCGUCCCUGAUUCCGAUGAUGACGACAGUGAUAUUUACGAAACAGCAAAACAAUCAAGUAAGAAACCGCCAAAGGGGAGGCCGCAAAAGACUCCUGGAAAUGCUGAUAAGAAGUCUGCUUCCAAGACUCCCAAGACGGGAAAAACACCAAAAAAACCGCCUAGGUGGUGA